GUUACAAGAAGAUUUUGCGUCGACCAUUGCGUGGUUGUGGCCAGAGAAGGCGUCGUUGGCCUUUCAACAUACUCGGAUCCACCCUGGUCAUGUGGUGGUGUAACAGCUGAUACAAAACUGGAAUUCACGCCAAUGCAUAAGGAUGCUAGAGUCCAACUCCCUGACAACCAGAUCAUAGAAGCUCGACUGGAUUUCUCUGUUAACGCCUUCAAGGCAACGCAAAAGCUUUGCCGUGACUUGGGAAUCAGGCAUUCUGAAGAAUUAGGACUGAAAAGACUGAUUCCGCCUGACAUCCUCCGCAAAGGAACUUACGAAGCUGAAAAACUCAUCAGGCCCACAACCAUACGUCCUGGAGAGGAGUCUGUCGGUCCAAUGACGCUUCGAAAGGCCACUCCAAUCUUCGCCUCUCAAACACAAAUUGAUGGACGCAUGCGCCGCGGACAAUCACCAGCCUUGUCUACGAGUGGGCACAUUUUCAAUGCUCAUGAAAUGGGCACUCUACCAAGACAUGGCACUCUUCCUCGGGGAGCGAGUCCAAGUCCAGGCGCUUACAAUGUAACCAUGAGCCGUGUUCCAAUCAUGCCCAGCAUCAGUUUCUGCGAAGGUCUUGAAAAUGAACAGUUCGAUAUGGCUCUUGUGCAUACUCCUAGCCAGGCUGCGAAUCGUGAUACGCUCGUUUUCCGUCCGCAAAAUUAUGUUGAAAAAGCCGCAUUGAAUAGAGGAUGGCUCGACUCAAGCAGGUCUUUAAUGGAGCAAGGUGUUUUUGAGGGUGAUAUCGUGCUGUUGCGCUUCAAAUUCAUGACCUUCUUUGACCUCAAUCCAAAGUACGAUCCUGUUCGCAUCAAUCAACUAUACGAGCAAGCCAAAUGGUCCAUAUUGCUAGACGAAUUUGACCACACCGAGGAGGAAGCAACGCUGUUCGCUUCGCUGCAGUUGCAAGCAAGUCUUCAAAGAGAUUCGCCUGAACCUGAAGGACCUGUGAAGGAUGACGUUGAUAUGAUGCUGGAUGAGUUGGAACAAAACCUCGACGCUGCUGCUCUUGGCCGCCGCUCUGACCUCAUGCAGGUGCCAGAACUUGCGGACUAUCUUAAAUACAUGAAGUUAGUUUUUAGUCGUACAUUUUUUGACCGAAGAAAAUCGCUGCCUUCAAAGGAUUCAAGCGAGCAUUCUUUUCAUUCCGUGAUCUGUAUCUCAGCUACUACCAAAGUUCGAACGAUGUUCAUCAAGCUCCUCUUGGUCACUUCUCCCUCAAAGGUUGCGAAGUCAGUCCGGAUGUCUCUGUAUCUCAGGGAAAAUAUCCAAAUAAAGCUACUUGUUCCCACGGCUGAGGGGAUGACAGAUUUUGUGCUGAAGUGUGAUACGGAACACCAGUAUGCACGAUGGAUGGCAGCUUGCCGUUUGGCAUCACGUGGAAAAUCUAUGGCUGAUUCCUCAUACCCGCAAGAAGUUGAAAGUAUAAAGAACCUGCUACACAUGCAAAGUGCAACCAACGGGCGAAAUGAGAGCAGUACGGCGCGACGAUCGACACCAGUAAAGCUCCCGAGCGACUUUAACGUUGACGACUAUGUCUCACAAAGAUAUGUACGGAAAGCGAGGAGUAAACAAUCGCUGCAGCAACGGGUUGCUGACGCACAUGCGAACGUACGACAAUUGUCGUCCACCGAAGCGAAACUGCAAUAUAUUCGCGCCUGGCAAGCUUUGCCAGGAACAUGGAAUGCACUAUUUCAUCGUCCGUUUCCGAAAUGGCCGAAAAGCGGAUUUGAUUGGUGUUGCUAUCAAUCGUCUUGUAAAGAUGAAUAUGGAUAA